AUGGCAGCCAGCGCGAUGCGCGGUCGUCUUGCACUCUCUGACCCGUCGGUCAAAGAACUCGCGCAAGCCAGCUGUGCUCACGAAAGUUACUAUAAUACUCUACCCAAACUAGAAGGGGAAGCUAAUUGGCAACAAUGGAGCGAUGCAUUGCAACACGCCGCGUUGAUGGCUGGCACUGACACCGUCCUCAAUGGCGAAGCAAAGCACCCUCAAUCACUCGAAGGCAAGCAAUACACUACUACAGAAAGGAACGACAACGUCAAGCGCACUGCCAUCUGGCGAGCUCGCAACGAAAGCUUACUCAAAGCUAUGCGCAGCGCUGCAGACAUCGACUUAACUGACCUUGGAGCCUCAAACGCACACGACACUUAUGUCAGUCUCAGAUCCAGAUACCAUGCCUCCGAUGACCAGCGAGCAUUCAGAUUAUUCAGUGAGGACCUCAUCACGGAAUAUGAGUUCGAUCACUCACCCGAAGAGUUCGCCUAUGGACUUCAGGAUGCUUUCAACCAGUACAACCAACUCGUCGGCGAUGACGUCGAGCAGCGUCUUCCGGAAAACUUCUUGAAGAUGGCUCUUCUCGUUUCGCUUGGCUCUGCUUAUCAUGAUUGGUGCAAAGCAUUGUUGAGAGAACGCGAUGUUUUAGCGCUGGGCCAUGGGUCGACUGUGACAUUCGACGAGCUUGUCGAGUUGGCUAUAGUCGAGCACACUCGGUUGUUACAAGAACAGGCAAGAGGAUCUGCCUCUACAUCUGCACCGCUAUCACAACAAGCGCCAAAGCGUAACAUCUCUCUAGUCGAGGAGCCGGCUCGGCUGGAUCUGCACAAGCCCUGCAGUGUGCCACAUCAUAGCAACGGCGACCACACGAACCAGGUCUGUAUGGUUCAGAAUCCUCGACUACGCUUCCUGGGCUGGAAGCCUAGCAAGGCCGAUGAGAUGUGGCUUGCAGAACAUCCAGACAUUGAAUACCUGCAAGUGGGCAACAUUACUCAACACACUGCAACUGCUCAGCCAGAUCUACGCAGACCAUGUAGUCUGCCGGAUCAUGUCCAAAUGAAACAUACAGAUCAGGCCUGCUGGACUCAAAAUCCCCAAAUGCGCCGAAGAAGCUGGAGACCUAGCGAAGCCGACCAGAGGUAUCUUGCAGAACACCCAGAGAUCGAGGAUCCACAACUGCGCAACAUCUCCCUGAGAAGUUUUGAUGAUGUGUCCGAGGAUGCAUCUAAGGAUGAAUCAGAGAACAGAUCUGAUAACUACCCCGAUGAAGAAUCCGAGCAUGACUCUGAGAACAGCUAUGACGAUGGCUCUGAGUGCGAUGUUGAGAGAGACUCUGAGCACGAAGAUGCAAGUGAGCAAGAGACUUUCGCUCGCGAUCAAGACGACACGCCUACGGCAAAGGAUUUUAACGACAUCAAUUCUGAAGAUCUUCCCCAGGCUGAUGGAGCUUGGGAACAGUUCGCAGCUGCUCGUUUUGCCGAGGUACAAGCACAGAUAGAUCUUGUCGCUCGCGCUGUGGAUGGGUGCCAGAAUUUUGGCAAGAAGGUUCACAAGAAUGCGCCUCUUGUAGGAGAUCUAUCUGGACAAUGGGUGCUUUACAACAAGGGGCUUGUUUCAAGUACGGUCGAUCACUACACCAUAGAAUUGUGGGAGAAUACCACAAACAAACAGAAGCAGAUGCACCCAACGACUCGACGAUAUCGUGGGAAGCUAAGCAUCAAAUCUCACGGACACUCAACGACGUUCACUAUUCCCAAUAUCUUGCCACAUUCCCGUGUUUCAGGUCAUCCAUUGUCGGUGGUAUUCAGACAGUCCAAGAAUAUAUACGCAGGGAAGUUGACCUUCUGGGGUAGGGGGAAGAUGAUUAUUAGCAUUCCACCAUCUGUCCUCGGUGAGGCGGAUUGCAACGAUUCCCGGUUUGUAUUUGCAGGCCUCCGAUCUGACACUGUUGUCAACUCAUCUGCUGCCGAGGCCCAGGCGCACAUGGGCGGUUCUGACGAGAGCAGAGACAACGAAGCAGGCGCGAUUACUCGUAAUCAACCUGCUGAGCGCGUCGAGCGCAACGGCCGUGCCGAAGCGACCGGUGAGUAUGAUCGAGUCAUUAGAACAGAACCAAGCACUGUUGUGACUGUUAAGGACGAGAAAGGAGACUCAGAUGUGAUCAUGAACAACGAUGAUCAGCCUGUCGUUAUCAAGGCUGAAGAGCCCGAAACCAUUGCCUCAAACGAUGAGUUGGAUGAUGAUGUCGCGGCCAUCAUCGACACUGUACAGAAGCAAGAGAACAUGGUCAAGCAGGGUACGAACAAGCGUCUUCAACAACUCGGCGGCGAAUGGCGCUUCCAUUCGGCGAAACACAAUCCAGACCUUGGUGGUGGUAUCUCGCUCUCUUUCAGUAUCCGCCAAAAUCAUGAUAUCCCAGAUCAGAUGUGUGCUCCUGGUCACUGCAAAGCCAUGCCUACCCACUCCGAUCGCUAUCCUCGUCGAAUCUUCUAUUGCGGAGAGCUACAUCUCAAGGGAGAGGAAGGAAAGCCCGAUUUGGACUAUCUCAUCAGGCAGUUUGAUUUACCAAAGCGCGCCUCCCCUGUUCACAUCACAAUCUUAUUAGAAAAUCGCUCUGAUCAGGACACGAUCUGCAUGCACACGUGGUUCUUCGGUGAUGGCACGAUGCGCAUUGAGCUCCCGACUGCGAAGAUACCCGGUUAUCGAGGUGAAGAUGCAUGGAUCUCAUUCUCGGGUCUUCAAUGUGACAGACCAACAGGUGUUUGA